AUGAAAGAUAUCGACGAUAGCAACAAUAUUUCAGAUUUUAUGGGAGUUAUCCACUACAAGAUAUGCAGAGAGAACCAUCCCGCUACAGAUGAACUACUAGAAAUGAAGCCUGCCGAGAUCAUCGAAUACUUACGAAUAUACCACGAAGAAUUAAGUAUGUGUAUAUACAGCUGGAACAAAUCCAUGGAUCCAUAUUUUCUUAUACACACAGUAAUCGAACUGGGAAUGCUGAUUAUCCAUUGGUAUGCAGUCAUUGCUUACAUGGUUUAUAGCUUUAAGGAUCCUCAGGCCCACACGAUUCACCUUAUUAACUGGGCUUACGUUAUUUUCCACACGUACAGUUUGUUUUUGUUUUUAAAGAAUGCCCAGCAGUUGAAAAACAUGGUAAAUGGACUAAUUAACUUCCUAUUGGAGUAUUCGACAAGAGUUUCCAAUCCUGACGAACACCAACAAAUUAGAUUUUUCAUAGAAAAAAUUAAAAACCACCGUCCUUUUACGGCCAGUGGAGUUUUUACCAUUGAUCUUGGAAUUGCGGGUCCAGUCGUAUUCUUGAUGUUAUUUAUGCUUGUCCAAGUGGAUUCAGCACCUGGACACACUCACCAUCAUGUGCAUCACCGGAUUCAUGUCCCACACAAAGUCAAAACUAUUUAUCACACAAAAAUAAUAAAAGUUCCAGAGCACCACCACUAUUAUCACGAAAAGGAAAAAAUUGUUCCUGUCGAGGUACACAAGGAGGAACCGUUGUAUCCACCUUUGAAAGAAGAAGAUUUUGGAGAAAUAAGCCACCAUUCACUGUACGGCAGCGAACACAAUAUUUUGAAGAAACAUGCUCCAGCUUAUUCAAAAGACAGCCAUAAAAGAAAGGUUUCGAGUAAAAUUAAAUAAACUAAUGUGUGUUAGAUAUUAUUUAUUGUAAAUAUUGUUACCAGUUUGUUGUUCUUUUUAAAUAAAUGUAGUUUAAGUUUUA